CCCGCGCCCCCGUGUGCGCGCGGUAAGGCUCGGCAGGCGCCGCCAUGAUGAACAGCGGCGGGAUCGGGGUCCCGUUGGGCUUCCCCCUGGGCCCCACGUCCGUCAUCCAGAUCACCAACCUCUCCUCGGCCGUGACCAGCGAGCAGAUGCGGACGCUCUUCGGCUUCCUGGGAGAUAUCGAGGAGCUCCGUCUUUAUCCCCCGGACAAUGCACCUCUUGCUUUUUCCUCCAAAGUAUGUUAUAUUAAGUUUCGUGAAGCAUCGAGUGUUGGUGUGGCCCAGCAUCUAACUAACACGGUUUUUAUUGACAGAGCUUUGAUAGUUGUGCCCUGCGCAGAAGGUAAAAUCCCAGAUGAAGCCAAAGCCCUCUCUCUAUUGGCACCUGCUCCUACUAUGACAAGUCUGAUGCCUGGUGCAGGGUUGCUUCCUAUACCUACACCAACCCCCUUGACUACACUUGGUGUUUCACUUGGUACUUUAGGGGCUAUACCAGCAGCAGCAUUGGAUCCUAACAUUACAGCACUGGGAGAAAUACCACAACCACCGAUUAUGGGAAAUGUGGAUCCAUCCAAAAUUGAUGAAAUCAGGCGAACAGUCUAUGUUGGAAACUUGAAUUCCCAGACUACAACAGCAGAUCAGCUGCUCGAAUUCUUUAAGCAAGUUGGAGAAGUGAAAUUUGUGCGAAUGGCAGGUGAUGAGACGCAACCAACACGAUUUGCUUUUGUGGAAUUUGCAGACCAAAAUUCUGUACCUCGAGCUCUUGCCUUUAAUGGAGUUAUGUUUGGGGAUCGGCCACUGAAAAUAAAUCACUCCAAUAAUGCAAUAGUGAAGCCUCCUGAAAUGACACCACAAGCUGCUGCCAAGGAGCUUGAAGAAGUGAUGAAGAGAGUAAGGGAAGCUCAGUCUUUUAUAUCUGCUGCUAUUGAGCCAGAGUCUGGAAAGGGCAGUGAAAGAAAAGGCGGUCGAUCUCGUUCCCAUUCUCGUUCAGAAUCCAGGUCUAGCUCAAAAUCCCGAUCUAGAAGGAAAAGGUCACACUCAAAACACAGAAGUAGAUCUGGCAACAGAUCUCUCUCAAGACACAAGGACAGACGCAGAUCCAGAAGUCCCCUGAAAAAACGGUCUAGAUCUACAGAAAGACGGAAAUCAAGAAGUCGCUCUCGUUCUCGGGACAAGAAAAGAGACAAAGAAAAGAUCAAGGAAAAAGAAAAGGCCAAAGAAAAAGAGAAAGACAGAGACCGAGACAAGGAUAAGGAUAGGGAUCGAGACAAAGACAGGGAAAGAGAGCGAGAUAAAGAGAGAAAUAGGGAGAAGGACAAGGAGAGAGAUAAAGAGCGAAGCAAAGAUAGAGAGCGAGCCCGAGACAAAGACAGGGACAGAGACAAGGAUAAAGAUAGGGACAAGGAAAAGGAAAAAGAUAAAGAAAAAGACAAGGAAGAGGUAGAUCAGAACAAAGAAAAAGAAGAUACUGAGAAAGAAGGAGAGAAAGACAGAGAGAAGAUUAAGGACAAGGAGGUAGAUAAGGACAAAGGAGGGGACAAAGAAAAGGACAGAGACAAAGAAAAGGAAAAAGAUGGGGAGAAGGAGAAGGAGCGAGAAAAGGAGAGAGAUGAUAAAAAGAAGAAAGAUAAGAGAUCCAGAACACCCCCAAGAAGCUAUAGUUCUUCAAGAAGAUCUCGUAGCUCCAGCAGAGAAAGGCGUAAAAGGAAGAGCAGAAGUCCCUCCAAAUCUCCUAAGACAUCAAAAACAGCAAAAAGAAAAUCUUCACGAACUCCUUCUCCAAGAAGAAACAAGAAAGAAAAAAAAAGAGAAAGAGAUACAAAUAAUGAAAGAAGAGAAAGAGAACGCUCUACUUCCAAGAAAAAAAGUAGUAAAGAAAAAGAAGGAAAGGAGAAAUCUGACAAAAGCAGCACUACUUGGAAGGACAAGGAUAACAAUAAAGAAGAUCAGAAUUCAGAAACUGACAAGGAAGUAGACAAUAGAGAUGCACAAAGAACAGAUGAAGUCAAGCUGCAACAGAAUGGGAACUGUCAACCAAAUGAAGAAAACCUCUCAAUUAAAAUGGAAGAGGUUUAGAGCAAAGAAUGGACUUCUAAUUCAACUAAGGAAUGAAAUCCAAAGCAUUUUAUUUCCCAGAAUGAGGAAGAAAAUGUCAAAGCAAUCAACCUGAACAUGUUGAUAGUAUUAGUAGCUCCUCCAAUUCUUGUGAUAGCUUUGUUGUCCUCUUGCUGUAAAGCAAGAGAGCACAAACCAGUAGUUAAUACCAUGAAAAAGCAGAUGCCAUCAGAACUAUUCAUCUCUGAAAAUCCAUGCAUUUCCAUGAUGGCUGUACUUAUAAAAUGAUUUAUGUUAAGUUUUGCUAUAAGCUGUUACAAAUAACUAGAAACUGAAAGAUGUAAACCUGUACUUCCCCAAAAAAGCUGAAGAUAUGCAUUGAAGGUUGUUUAAAAUACUGCGUGUUGAUGAGUUUUUGUAUUGUUUUGCCCUGUAGGUUAAAAAAUCCACAAAACCUUUAAUGUGUGCUGUUUGAUGUGCUUGAAAAUGGUGCAUAAAAUAUACACACUUUCUUUCCUUGUAAAUGACAACUGUAGGGAAAGGGGGUAUAAGCAUAAACACGGUUUAACUGUUUUUAUGUUAAAUACUCACAGAUUAGUGUGUUUUUCAUUCGUUCACUGCUUGAGAUUCUUAGGGUUUAUUAUUUAAAAUAAUUUCUUACUAAUAUCCCUGAAAUUAAUAUUUCUUUUAAAGUAUUUGAAAGUGCAUGCGCUUUUUUUGUUCCUAAAAGGAACAUUGCCAUGUUAUAGAUAUGAGGUUAGCUAAUAGGGUUAUUUUGGAGUUGUUUUGUUGUUUUCUUUGUCUUUAGAGAAGUGAGCACAUCUAUAUGAUGAUACCAGAACUUACAGCUUUGUUUUGCAAUGUACUGCAGUGUGUCUGUUCAGCUGAAAAUAGUACAGGUGCCAUUAAGAAAAUAAUUUUUUUCCUUUUUGUUUGAAAAAUAUAGGAGCACAAGCAGAAGCUUUAGUGCCUUCUUAAAAUGUGGUAUUUUCUAGAAAUGUAUAUGUGCUGUUACACAUUUUCAGCUAAAUCUUAUAUGAUCUCUCUUGCUACUUUGCCACUACCAUACUGUAGACAAAAAUGCAAGUGACUUGCCAGAAUGGUUGUUUGAUUCACUUGUUAAAAUAGUGAAGCUCCAUUUUACUUUUAUUUUUUAUUCUUAGAAGAGAUUUAUAAAUAAGAAAAAAUGUCAUUGGGGACCACCACUGUACAAAAGUAGUAGGUGAAUACAAAGUAUGCUCUGAUCACCUGCAUCAGAGAAAGCCCUUAAGACAUUUAAUAUACAUUUGGAUGGCCUUAAUUGUUACCUCUCUGUUAUUUUAUCUGAUACCUGUUGGGCGAUGUUAAAGGAACGGCAUGCAAAGAAAUGGGGGAUAAAUAAUUUUAGGAAGGAGGUUCUAAUUUACACAAGGCUUACAUAGUAGAGAUUCUUUUUUCAUUUUUUUUGUGGAGAAAGCAUGCAAGAAGAGAAUGACAAAAAAUGUGUUUGUCAUGGCAAAAUACGGCUUUUGUUCUCUGAAGUAAUUUAAUUGGUUACAUGAGACUUCUGAUUUAAGACAUAAUUAUACCUAAAAUAGCAUUGAUUAUUUUUAUUACAACUUAAUGCAAUCAUUACUUAAUUGCCUUACCUCAUGGGAAGUGUUAUUUCUUUCAGUUAAAAUAAAAAGCUACGUGUAUUGGCUAUUUGCUUUCUACUUGUUUCACUUUUCCUUUGCAUAGUUAAUUUUUUCAGUGGAAAGGAAGCAUAUUACAGGGGAUGAAAACUUUGCCCAACUCCUAAGGUAAUGAAAUCCAGUUUGAUUGUGAAGCUGCUUAUCAUUACUCAUUUUCUAUAAGAUUCAAGGUUCUUGCCACUGUGUACAUUUAAGACGACAGAAAAUGCUUUACCAUGUAAAGUAUAGAACAGCCAUUUUUGUGAUGUUUAAGCCACAUGCUGUUGGCUGGUAAACAGCUAAUUCUGAUAAAAGAAUAACACAUCUGUAUGCUUAUGGGAAGACUGUGAAAGAUUGUGUCUUGCAACAACAGCUGUCUUAUUUAUGAUGUGUAAGUAGCAUAGAGCAAAGAGAUUGUUUGUAUACUUGUUAUCUUUGGUACCAUUUCACUAAUAAAAUAAGUAUUUUAGAGGGACAUUUCUGCUGGUACAUACUUAUUAAAGGAAUAUUUUUAGACCAUAUGGUCUUAUUCAUAGAGCUUCUUUCAUUUGAAAUACGGAUAUUAGUGAAAACAUACAUGUAUUUGUUUUCUUUGAAAAGCUAAAUAUCUGGAAGAACUAGAAUUCUUUCAGUGUAUUAUGUUUUAGCUGGUAUUUGGUAUAUGUUUGGUUUCUUGAGUUUUGUUAUCCUCAAACAGCAUAGCUCUGUGAUGUAUCAGUUAUAAAAUAUGGCGGGGGGGGGGGUUGUUUGGUUGGUUUUGUUGAUUGUUGUUUUGUUAAGGGAAAAAACCAACCAAAGCAAACAGCAACCAAACACAUUUCCUCCCUCUGUCAAGUCAUAUUUUCUUGCAAAUAUUGUAGUUUCUGUUUUUGUUUUAUAAAUACUUUGCAGAUCUGUGAGGUAGUUAUGAUCUGUCCCUUCUUAUCAGGCAUUCCUAAAAAGGUGCUGCUGGAGAACUUUUCCUCUAUAAAAUGCUUAUCUCUGCAGAGGGUAGCUCACUUACAUACUGGUAGCAUAGCACGGUAAUGAAGUUCCAUCCUGCUCUUACAGGAUUGAGUGUAUCAUCCAUGGGAAGUCCAUUGCCUUCAUCAUUAACAAGCUUGUGUGGUGAGCUGCUGUAACAGAUCAUUUGGGUCUGUACUUGUGAUUAGCUUGGGUAGAGGUUUUGACAACAGCAUGGUUCAUGAUAGCUGUAUUGUUUUACGUGUAGUUUCAUCUGAAUCAGCUCUUACUUGAAAAUGUAAAUUGCUCAGAAGAGUAAUUAUACUGUGCCAUUUUGCUAAGAUCACAUAAAGCACCUAAAUGUAGCCUAGUGCCCAUAGCUAUUUCCCAAGUGGGUUCUGGAUAGCGACAGGAUUUUUCCUUGCAUUCUGAAAGAAGGUAGCAGAAGACUGCUUGAUGGAUCAAACAGGCUAUCAAGCUCAAAAUAGAGGUGGCCGUGGUUUAAAUGAUUUUAUCCAAGUCCAUGCAUUUACACAGGUGUGAGGCAUGGAGUUUUGUUUGCAAAUACCAGUAGUAGUACAAUAUGUAAAGAAUUCUUAGUUUUCAUAUGUUGGAAUUGGAAUUAGAGAUUAUAAAAGCACUUGGUUAGAAACUAUAAAUACCUGAAGAAUACUUGAAAUGAGUGAGAUGGGGGUUUUGCCUAUUAAGUAACCACCUGCUAUUUUUUUUUUUUUUUUUUUUUUAUGGCAAUUUCAGAUGGAUUUGUCUCAGCUAGCCUUACAUUAGCAAGCUGACAGCAGCCUAUGCACAGCUUGGAUUCUGAAAUGAGCUAUAGAUAGUCCAGUGCCAUUUACACUGCUGGAAUGAAGUUAAAUUUGUAGUCUGUAGCAUGCUUUGCAUUGCAUGCUAGUGUUCUUGGGCCCAGUUACAUCUAAGACAAUACCUGAAAUUGCCUUGAAACUCUUCAGAUCUGUUAUAUAGUAGCUUCUCUCUAUUGCCCUUAGCUUGUACCACUAUCUUGUAAUAGUUACUAGAUUGGGGAUGUACCCCAUAUUUUUUUUUUUUUCCCUUGGUCUAGGAAAGAUAGUAAGUAAAGCCUGCGCUGUAUGUUAUAAAUGAUUGUAUACCUAGUGCCAGUCCUUAUUUAGUUAUUAUUCAUUCAUGAGUAUUACCCUUGUAAACAUUAAUGCCGUAAUGGUAUGUUUAUUGUCUACUUCUAAGCAUCUCUGCAUCACUUUUGUCGUGAAACAAGAUCAGAGCGCAUGUAUUGUUAGAGAAAAAAAAAAUCCAGACAAAAUAAUCUUGAAUUUUGUAAAUGUUAGUGUGAUAAUAGUAUAGUGGUAAAACAAUCUUAAAGAUGUGAAUUCUGAAUCAUUAUCUGGGGCAUAUCCUACUUGAUACUUUCCGUUUUAUAGCAUUAAAUAUUACCUUUGAUGUUAUCAUAAUUUUGAAAAUUUGACUUAGUGGCAUAAAUGCUGAGAUCUGUAAAUGGCUAAAAUCAUGUCAAUCAGUAGACACUUAGUUCAGAGAGAUGUAGUUUUCUCACCAGAGACUGGAGUGUGGAGAAUUAAAUAUAUGGAGAUAUCAUUAAGUGUUAGUGCCUAAAGAGACUCUGAAAUUUAAUUUUAUUUGCUAAUACAUAAACAGAACUUUUCAGCCUGUAGUUUACCUUUAUUUUUAUAUGUUGAGAAGUGUAAUUAAAAUUAUAUUGAAAACUAAAA